AUGGAAAAUAAUACAUUACCAACAAAUACUAUUCAUAAGAUAGUUAAUGAUGAAGAAAACGCUGAUAACUGUUGUCAUCAUGAAUAUCAUAAAUAUAAAAAUCGUCAAUAUCAACGUCAAGAUAAUGGAUUAAUGUCAUUGACAUCAUGUAAUUCUAUUCCACUUCCAUAUAUGCUUAUUCCUACAAGUGAAUUAGCUUCAGGUGGUUCACUUACAUGUACAGUUGUUAAUAUCUUGCGUUGUUUAGGUUUAUUGGACCGUUGUGGGGUGGAAGAUUUAUGCGCAAUAUUAUAUGAUUUCUGGAAUAAUAAUUGUCAUGCUCCAUUUUAUGCAGCUCAUUCUUUUUUUAACUCACAUGUUAUAUAUCCAACAUGUUGGGAAUUAUCGCGUAUGGAAGAAUCUGUGGUAACACGAUCAUCCUCUUUUACUUCUCGCACUUUAGUUGAUUCAAGGCGAUCAACAGUACCUGGUGAGGAUUAUGAAAGAAAUUAUCAAAUGUUAAUAAACUGUCGUGAAAGUAAACUGUUAAAUGGAAGCUGUUUAGUUAGUUAUUUAUUAUCUUGCAGUUAUAUGGGUACAAGUUUCCUUGCUUCACAUCCAAUAUAUAAUUUGAAUAGUUUGUCUUCACCUUGUUGUCUACGUCCACCGACAAGUUGCUGUUACUUUGUAAUGGAUAGAGCUAAUCAAAUUUCGCCUUAUAAUACACCGGCAACUUAUCAUCCUAAUUUAAUUCAACCAAUUUCUAAUUCAAAUAUGAAUUGGCGUAGAGGUUGUGCUGAUAAUCUUGUUCUUAUGCUUACACAUCAUAGUUCUGGUUCCAAAAAUACGUCUUCAGUUGUGGAUAAGCUUCUUACAGGAUGCUUCUUUCCUGGACGUACUUCAUGGCGCUCCGUAUGGCCUUUUAUUCAUAAAAACCAUUCGAAAUGUUUUAACUGUACUAAACCUGAGAGUAAUACGUCUGAUUCUCUUGCGCUAUGGUUUUCUGCAUGGCUUUAUUGUGGAGCGAUACCUGUACUAGCCCAAUUGUGUGAUUCAGUCUAUUCAAAUGCAAAGUAUUUUCCUCCUGAUAUCUUACAACGAAGUUGUAAUUCUUCAAGAUACUCAGCACAAGAACUUGUUUGGUCCCAUCGUCUUGUGUAUGGUGUCACAGAAAAUAAUGAAGUUUACCUUACAAAUCCAAACGAACUAGUCCCUGUCCAAUAUGUCUUGGAUCAAUUAUCUAAGAAGCCUGAAAUCCGUAUUUCUAAGGCACAAAUUUCAAAUUUGUGGACAAAGCAUUAUUUACAUUCAAAAUUAUACCCUGAUAGGGAUCAAACUAUAGAAGAUAAACAACAUACUUCUUGUAAAUCAACAUUUUUCACUGGUGAAAGUCUUGCUCUACUUGCCAGACACCCAGAUCCUAGAUGGGCUUCUAUGAACAUAAUGGGACAAGUAUUGUGUACUUUGCGCAGUUUGGAGCGUUGGGCUAAUACUCUAGAAUUAUCAAAUGUGGUAUCGUUAGAUUGUGUAAACCAUCAAUCAGCAUUAUUUCCUGAUACAACUUCAUCUAUCAGCUGUAGUCGUACAAACUCUACAGAAACGGAACAAUUUUCGAAUUCUCCAGCUAUUACCAUUUCAUCAGCUCAGUUGCCUGGAAUUAGUCUUUUUGUCGAAAAAUCCAAUUGGGAACUAGUUCAUACAUUAUUACAAACUAAAUGCAUAGAAUAAAUGUCGCAAAUCAUUAUCAACAUUAUGAUUUCAUUUAAUUUAGUGAAAAUUGCCAUGCAUUUAAUUUAGAGUUCAUCAAUUCUUGCUUGUGAUCAUUAUAAACCUUUCAUAUACAUAUGCUAGCCUGUACGUAUAAAUCUUCCUUUGUCA